AUGUCAGAGAGAGGUACAUCAGACAAAUGCAAACCUAUCCAAGCACCUGUCAACACUCAAGUAAAUUGUAUAUCUGCAAGUGACAGCAGUCCAUUUUAUCAUUGCAUAGCUAAUGCUGAUCCUGGAUACCAGUUCAGAGAUGGUGAUAGGUCUAAACAAAAAGAUUGUGAUAGCAUGACUGGCAACUUCUUCGGUGGUAACCAGUUUGAACCAGUAGUUCCCAUUUGUGAUCCUCCAUGUCAACACCGUGGGACAUGUGUUAUGCCAGAUACAUGUGCUUGUACACCAGGUUGGAAAGGUGCCAAAUGUGAACAAGCUGCAGCUUUAUGUGCAGAUCCAUCAUCACCUCAGGGUGGCAGUAUCCAAUGCCACCAAGGAACAACAAAAAAAGAAUGUACUGUCACUUGUCAACCAGGGUUUACAUUUGAAUAUCAACCCUCAGAUAAAUACACAUGUUCAUCUAAUGGUACUUGGACUCCAGCCGUUACAAGCAUACCAAACUGCCUUCCUAAUCAUCCACACACAACACGAGAUGCCAUGUGUGCUGCCUGGGGACAAGACCAUUAUAGAACAUUUGAUGGAACAGUAUACUCAUUCCAAGGACAUUGUGAAUAUCUUAUGGCCAAGGAUAGCAAAAGUGACACAUUCCAUAUCCACUUAAUAAAUGAUAAACAAUGUACUUCACAUACACCUUGCAAACGUGAAAUUGAUGUUUACAUUGGACAGACAGUUGUGAGAUUUCGAAAAGGAGCUUCAGGUCCCAUUGUUUAUUUCAAUAAUUUCCCAUUGACUAUUCCCACAUCAAGAGAUGGCAAUACUUUUGAAAAGCUUGGACAUUAUAUUGUCAUGAAAAGCCCUCUUGGCUUUAUGAUACGGUGGGAUGGAAGACAGUCAGUAUUCUUGUCAGUUUCAGCCGAUCAUAAAGGAGGCAUUUCAGGUUUAUGUGGUACAUAUAAUGGCAAUAAAGGAGAUGAUUUCACAACUGACACCGGCAGUGUUGUAAAAUCACCAUCAAGUUUUGCAUCAACCUGGAAAAAAUCAGCAAUAGGUGCAGCUGUGUGCCCGGAUGCUCCACAGAAAUCUUGUUCUGGUAUGCAAGCCACUCAGGCUGAAUCAGUGUGCAAUAAAAUCAUGGAUCCAGCUUUUCAAGCUUGUCAUACAAAAGUGGAUCCUGCCUCCUUUAAAGGUGCCUGUAAAUCUGAUUGUUGUGGUGGAGAUCUCAGUAAAUGUUCUUGCAGCAGUUUGGAGGCAUAUGCUAGAGCUUGUUUAGAAGCGGGAAUUAUACUCAAUUGGAGAAAUAAUCAACUCUGUUCUGUAUCCUGCCCCAACAAUCUUGUUCAUCAGGAAUGUGGAAGUGCUUGCCAGAAGACCUGCACAUCAGUUGGCACAACCUGUACUGAUAGUACAUGCAUUGAUGGUUGUUUCUGUCCCCAUGGUAUGGUUCUUCAUAAAGGCAAAUGCAUCAUGAAUGAUCAGUGUCCCUGUACAAAGGAAGAUGGGUCAGAAUUUCGGGCAGGUGAUGUUAUUCCAAAGGACUGCAACAGCUGCACAUGUACAUCAGGAGGAAUAUGGCAUUGUACACAGAAAAAAUGUGAAGCAACUUGCUCUGCAACUGGUGAUCCCCACUACAUGACCUUUGAUGGCAAAAGAUUUAAUUUUAUGGGUGUAUGUCACUAUUACAUGAUGAAGGAUGACAAUUUCAAUAUAGUUGCAGAGAACAUUAAAUGUGGUCAUGGUCAGGCAUCAUGUACUAAAGCCAUUGCAAUAAAUAUACCAGGUCAUACAAUAAGAUUAGACCACAAUCACCAGCUAUUUGUAGAUGGUACAGAAAUACACAAAUUACCUUACCAGGGAAAUGGAAUUAAGAUUUACAUGGUUUCAUCAUUGUUUAUGAAGGCAGAAUUAUCAAAUGGUAUCACAGUUUUAUGGGAUGGAAGAACAAGGGCUUACAUCACAGCACCAUCAUCAUUCUUUAACAAAACCAAAGGAUUGUGUGGUACCUAUGACAGUAACCAGAAGAAUGACUUCAAAACUCUACAGGGUGACAUUGAAACUGAUGUCAAUGAAUUUGGUAACAGAAUGAGAGUCAAUCCUCAGUGUGCUCCAGUUACUAUUCCUGCACGUAAUCCUUGUGAAGAUAAUACCCAAAGAAAAACUCAAGCGAAACAGUACUGUGAUUACAUUUUGCAAGAUUUCUUCAAACCAUGUCAUAGCAAAGUUGAUGCAACCAGUUUCCAUGAAGAUUGUAUGUAUGACAUGUGUGCCUGUACAGAGAACCUUAGAGACUGUUUGUGCCCAAUGAUUGGAGAGUAUGCCAAACAGUGUGCAGCUAUGGGUGUUCAGGUCUUGUGGAGAAACCAUAUUCCAGAAUGCCAAAUCCCAUGCAAUGGUGGACAGGUUUACCAGGUGUGUCCUAACGAAUGUGUUCGUACCUGCAGUAACAUUGCACAAGAUCAAUACUGUGUGCAGUCUAAAGAAUGUGCUGAAGGAUGUGGCUGUCCUGCCAAUCACACACUAAAUGAUGAAGGAGAAUGUAUAGCAAUAGCAGAAUGCCCAUGUUUAUUCAGUGGAAAUGAGUAUCCAGCUGGAUUCCUCACAAAAAUGGAUGAUAAAAUAUGCACUUGUAGAGAUUCCAGAUGGGAAUGUACAGUCAUCCCAACCAUCAAAGCUGUGACAGUAACUGUCAUUGGAAAUGGAACUCAACCUCCACCAACUGUAAAUCCAUUCAUGCCAGUUGUGCAAGAUAUCUGUGAUGCUAAACAGUUCCAGGAAUACACCAAAUGCUUGCCAGAAUGUCCUGUUACCUGUCAGAACAUGCAUGACACCACUACAACAUGUCCUGCGCCAACAAGCUGUACUGCAGGAUGUAAAUGUAUGGAUGAAUAUGUUUUGGAAGGAAAACAGUGUGUCAAGCCAUCAGCCUGUCCAUGUUAUCAUGGAGGGAAAGCUUACUUUGAAGGGCAGAAGAUCCAGAUGGAUUGUAAUGAAUGCACCUGUCGUGGUCAAAACUGGGAUUGUACCAACAAAGAUUGUCCAGCCAUUUGUAGUGCUGUAGGGGAUUCCCAUUACCACACAUUUGAUGGUAGGGAGUAUGAAUUCCAAGGCAGUUGUGACUAUGUACUAGCUAAAUCCACUGAUCAAAAUCCACACAAGUUUCUGAUAACAGAAAACAAUGUUCCAUGUGGAACCAGUGGAGUGACUUGUACCAAGUCUAUCACUUUCAGCAUUGGGGAGCCAGGUACAAAAAAUUACUACUCAAUUCAGUUAAUCAAAGGGAAACCUAUAUCUGUGGAAUCUGAAUCACCAUUUAAUGUAACAGAAGUAGGUGAAUCCAUUAUGGUGACAACAAAUACUGGUAUUACACUUGUCUGGGACAAAGGAACACGAGUUUACAUCAAACUCAAAACUGAACAUAAAGGAAAAGUUGAGGGUCUUUGUGGUAAUUUUGAUGCAGAUCAGAAAAAUGAUUUUACAAUGCCUCAAGGUGGACCUCCAGCCAUCAAAGCCAACAAGUUUGGUGACAGCUGGAAGGUGCAUGAUUACUGUGGCCCUCCAAACAAUGUGACAGACACCUGUGUACAGACUCCACAUCGUAAACCCUGGGCACAAAGGAAAUGUGGAAUAAUCUCAUCCAAACUUUUUGAAACCUGUCAUCAUGUAGUACCAUACCAGAAAUACCUUGAAAAAUGUGUGUUUGAUGCAUGUGCCUGUGACCUUGGAGGAGAUUGUGAAUGUUUGUGUACAGCUGUUGCAGCUUAUGCCCAUGAAUGUGCGAUUGCAGGUGUUCCAGUUAGUUGGAGAACUGAUGCUUUCUGUCCCAUACAGUGUGAAACAUGCCAAAAAUACAACCCAUGUAUAUCAAUUUGUCCAAAGAAAACCUGUGACAACAGAUUGGUUUAUGAUCAUUUAAUCAAAGAUUGCAAAGAAGAAAUGUGUUUUGAAGGUUGUGAAAUUGAGCCUUGUGCAGAUGGAAUGGUUUAUGAUGGAACACAAAAACCAAUGAAAUGUAUCCCAGAACCCCUCUGUAACAAUUCUGUCUGUGUUUUCAAUGGUAGACAUUAUCGUCAGAAUGAGCAAAUUACAGAUGAGGCAGUUUGUGAUCAAACUUGUGAAAUCUGUUACUGCAGUGACAAUGGUGAAAUGAAACGUAAUGGUUUCUGUAGCACCACUCCUCAUCCAAGCACAGUAUCUCCUGCCAUAAUACCAGUAGAAAUACCAACUCCUUCUCCAACAUCAAAUGGUGGUGGUCAACCCUCUCAAGAAACAACAAUGGCAAUAAAAUGUCUGAGAAAUGAUUGGACUGAUUGGAUGAGUGCUUCUCAGCCAACCCCAACAAAUCAAGGUGACAUUGAGACAAUAUCAGGACUUAGGAAGAAGUAUGUCUUCUGUGACAAUUACAUGAUGACUGCCAUACAAUGUCGAGUUGUUGGAACCAAUACCAUGUCAGCAGAUUCAGGACAGAAAGUUACAUGUGACCUGAAAGAAGGACUGAGAUGCCUGAAAGCUAGCCAGGCCAAUGGGCAAUAUUGUAAUGAUUAUGAAGUUCGUUUUGAUUGUAAUUGUGGUCUCACUCCUGGAUAUCAAACAGGUGGUAAGCCAACACCACAUCCACAUAUUGGUAAGACAGGAUCACCUACCCCUAGUCCACCAAGUUGGUCAGCAGGACAACCUACACCAAGUCCAACAGGUGGAACAGGUCAUCAACCAACACCACGACCAACAGAUGAAACUGGUGGCACACCAACCCCACAACCAAAUUCAGGUUUGACAGGAUCGCCAACACCAGGUCCUACUUACUUGCCAGGGGAAUCACCAACACCAACAAAAUACCGUCAGAAUGGAGAUGAAAAAUCUACAACCCCAAAACCAAACCCAGAAGAAACUAAACAGCCAACUGCAAGCCCAGGAUUACACACUGGUGGAGCACCCACUCCUAGCCCUGGAGUCAAUAGUGGUAUACCUACACUGCAGCCAACCCAAACUACGGUGUAUUUCAAUUGCAAAGAUGGUUGGUCUGAAUGGAUGAAUGUUGAUUCUCCUACUGUUAAGAAUCCUUUUGAGAUUAUAGACUCUGGAGAUUUUGAAUUGAUGGGAGAAUUACGCCACCACUACAGCUUCUGUGCCAAACCAAAUUCCAUUAAAUGUCAGACUGUUGCUGACAAACUUCCUUACACAUCUUCUAAAGAUAACCAGGUGACUUGCGACCUUAUUGAUGGUCUGGUAUGUUCAAAUUCCAAACAGGCUGGCAGAAAUUGCUCUGAUUAUGAAGUCAGUGUUUACUGUGAUUGUGGAGGCUUUAAAACUGUCACAGGAGGCUACACAACAACGCCUGGUCAAGGAAUCCCAUAUGUCCCAACACCAUCUUGUAUGUGGUCUCCAUGGAUGAAUAGUCACACCAAGAUCACUAAAUCAAAAGGAGAAUAUGAAACAAUAAGCAAUCUCAGAAUGAAAUAUUCUUUCUGUGAAUUUCCAGCAAAGAUUGAAUGCCGUGAAAUUGUCACAAAGCAGAGCUAUGAUAUUGUUAAUCAGAAGGGUGUGUCAUGUGAUGUCAACAGAGGACUUGUAUGUGAGGAUAUUAACCAGAACAAUGGACACUGUAAGGAUUAUGAGGUCCGUGUUUAUUGUGUGGAUGCUUGUCCAUCAACACACAGUCCAUCUGCAGGUCCAAAUGGCUCACCAACUCCAUCACCUGGAUCGGAAAAUCAGUUCUCACCAACAGCACAACCAACACUAAAUCCUAAUGGCUCACCAACUGCAAGCCCAGGCAUAGGUCCUAAUAGCUCACCAACUGCUUCACCUGGAACAGGACCUAAUGGCUCACCAACUCCAUCACCUGGAACAGGGCCUAAUAGCUCACCAACUGCAUCACCUGGAACAGGACCUAAUGGCUCACCAACUCCAUCACCUGGAACAGGACCUAAUGGCUCACCAACUCCAUCACCUGGAACAGGGCCUAAUAGCUCACCAACUGCAUCGCCUGGAACAGGACCUAAUGGCUCACCAACUCCAUCACAUGGAACAGGACCUAAUAGCUCAGCAACUCCAUCACCAGGAACAGGACAUAAUGGCUCACCAACCCCAUCACCUGGAACAGGACCUAAUGGCUCACCAACUCCAUCACAUGGAACAGGACCUAAUAGCUCAGCAACUCCAUCACCAGGAACAGGACCUAAUGGCUCACCAACCCCAUCACCUGGAACAGGACCUAAUAGCUCACCAACUCCAUCACCUGGGACAGGACCUAAUGGCUCAGCAACUCUAUCACCUGGAACAGGACCUAAUGGCUCACCAACUCCAUCACCUGGAACAGGACCUAAUGGCUCACCAACUCCAUCACCUGGAACAGGACCUCAUAGCUCAGCAACUCCAUCACCUGGAACAGGACCUAAUGGCUCACCAACUCCAUCACCUGGAACAGGACCUAAUGGCUCACCAACUCCAUCACCUGGAACAGGACCUCAUAGCUCAGCAACUCCAUCACCUGGAACAGGACCUAAUGGCUCACCAACUCCAUCACCUGGAACAGGACCUAAUGGCUCACCAACUCCAUCACCUGGAACAGGACCUCAUAGCUCAGCAACUCCAUCACCUGGAACAGGACCUAAUGGCUCACCAACUCCAUCACCUGGAACAGGACCUUAUAGCUCACCAACUCCAUCACCUGGAACAGGAAAAAAUAGUUCACCAACUCCAUCACCUGGAACAGGACCUAAAGGCUCACCAACUCCAUCACCCGAAACAGGACCUGAUAGCUCACCAACUCCAUCACCUGGAACAGGACCUAAUAGCUCACCAACUCCAUCACCUGGAACAGGACCUAAUGGCUCACCAACUCCAUCACCUCGAACAGACAUUUGUAUUGAAGGCUGGACAGACUGGAUAAAUGUUAACCAUCCUUCAGGAUCCAUUGGAGAUGUUGAGUUACCCAAAGAUAUUCCUGGAUAUCCAAAAACUUGUGAUGAGGUAAUUGCUGCUCAAUGUGCUGUGGCAAGUUCUGGACUUGAAUACAAAAAUACUGGACAAAAUGUGGAUUGUAAUAUUAACGGACUUACAUGUGUAAAUGACCAGACCCAAACAUGUCAGGACUACAAGUCUAGAUUCUAUUGUCUAUGUAAAAAGCCCACACCAAAACCUACAAUUCCACCAUUUGAUAAACCAACACCUAAACCAACCUCAGACUUACAACGAUUACCAACACUGACAGCAACCCCAUCUGCUGGAACUAUUGUUUGUGAUCAUGGCUGGACUCAGGAAAUGAAUGUGGACACACCUGACAGCAGCAAUAAUGGAGAUUAUGAAACCAUUCCAAAACUACGUAAAAAAUAUGCCUUCUGUGAUGCUGGAAAUAUCAUUGCAGCAAGAUGUUACAAAGCAGGCACAAAUAUUACCCAUGACCACACUGGUGAGGUUGUGACUUGUAAUAAAACUGGAGUUUUUUGUAACAACUGGGACCAGAUGAACCAAUCAACAGGAAAAUGUUCUGAUUACUCUGUUCGCUUCUACUGUAACUGCAAAUACUCCACAGCUGGACCAACAACUAGCAUGGAACAGCCAACCAAAGUAACAACCAAGGAUUUUAGUGGACCUACAAAACAAACAGGUUCUGAACCAUUCAUAGCCACAACAGCAAAAAUAACAGGCACAGUUACUCAAAUACCUGUUGAUCAUUGCAAGACUGAGCUUGGCAUACAAGAUGGGUCCAUCUACAGUUACGAGAUGUUCAAAGCUAGCUCUUCCAAGGGAUCUGACGCUGAUGCAUACAAAGCCAGACUUAAUGGUCAGAAGGCUUGGGAAGCUAGGUACAAUGAUAUCACAUCUGAAUACAUUCAGAUUGACUUGGGAGAAACAAUGUAUGUAGCUGGAAUUCGUAUCCAGGGCAACCCUAACAAUGAUAUGUGGGUAACUAAGUUCAGUGUUGCUACAAGUCUGAAUGGUCAGACAUGGUCCACAAUUCAAGAUGCUCACCUUGGAUCAGACGUUGUUUUCAGUGGAAACAGUGACAAGAAUACACCAGUUGAUGUCAUGCUUGAUGGUGCUAAUGGUGAUAAUGAAAUCAGAACACAUUUUGUUAGAAUAUUGCCUAAAGAAUUCUACGGUGGAAUUUCACUUAGAUUUGAAGUAUUGUCCUGUAGAACACCACCAAAAAAAACAACAUCAAUUGAGGUGACCCCACAUACUGGACCAACCAUAUCUGGUACCUUGGCCUCAUCAGGCACAGGCAUGCAGAUCAUACCUACAGCCCGCCCAUUAUGUUACGAACCAAUGGGAAUUGAGAACAGUCUGCAUGUUAAAGAUUCACAGUUAACCAGUUCAUCAUCUCGAGAAAAGAUGACUAAUGCACAAUAUGGACGUCUUCAGAAUGCAUUUGGAUCAUGGAUUCCUCACCCAAAUGACACCAAACCAUGGAUUCUUGUUGAUAUGAAACAACCCAAGCUGAUAUCUGGUAUUAUGACACAGGGUAGUGCCAAAGAGGACAAGUGGGUAACCAAAUAUAAGAUCACUUACAGUAUGGAUGGCUUUACAUUCACAUCAUAUAAUCCGCAAGGAACCCCUAUGGAAUUCCAAGGAAAUCAUGACAGAAAUACCAUCAUGAGGCACAUUCUGCGACAACCAAUCACAGCAAGAUUUAUCAAAAUCCAUCCAAUAAAUGGAGGCCCAAAUGGCUUGGCACUUAGAUUUAAUCUCCUUGGAUGUUACUACUACAUUCCAGGAAUGCACCAUCACACAACAUCUAUAACUGGUACUAGUAGUGUGACAAUUAAAACUGGUACAGAUACACAUAGUGGUGGUUCUGUUAUUACAGUUUCUCCAGGAGUGCCAUAUCAUGGGAAACCAACACCAUCCCCAGGAGCAUCUCAACAAGGGACACCAACACCAAGCCCAUCGCCUUUCCCAACUUUAGAACCAUUGUGUGCUAUUAAGAUGGGGAUAGAGAACUUCUUGAUAGUAGGUAAACCUCAGCUGACUGCAUCUUCAUCUAAAGACAGCCACACAGGAGCCAACUAUGGCCGUCUUAAUGAAGGAGAGAAAAAGCCUACUGCUUGGAUUCCUUCACCUCAAGACAAGAACCCAUACAUUGAAGUGAACUUCUUGGAACCCAAGACAGUUACAGGUGUGAUGAUUCAGGGCCAUGGACAGCUUCCACAAUGGGUAAAGACAUUCACAGUCUUCACCAGUACAGAUGGAAAGACAUUCAAACCAUACAGCAACAAGGAGAAUAGCACUACACCAAAUAUCUUCCAAGGAAACAAGAACAAUACACAGCCAGAAACAUACCUCUUCAAUCGUAAUAUUGUGGCUCAAUAUGUCAAGAUCUAUCCUGGAGAAUACACUGGAGCUCCAGCUUUAAGAUUUAAUCUUUUAGGUUGUAAUCCAUCAGUAGUCAUUACAACUCCAGAACCAACUUUACCACCAGGUGUUACCACUGUAUCGCCUUCAGUGCCAGCACAGAUCAAACCAACAGCUCAUCCAAAUCCAGACCAAUAUAUUGCUCCACCAAAAGUUUGUUUGCUGACGAUGGGAGUGCAGAGUUCUCUUAUUGUUGAUAAUAAACAAAUGACAGCAUCAUCAUCACAGAACACAUCCUCACCACAAGCCAGUAGAAUAUAUGCAAGUGGCUCAUGGAUGCCAAGCAAAACAGAUACUAAACCAUGGAUACAGAUUGACUUCCUCAGACCAAAACUUUUGUCUGGUGUAGUUACCCAAGGUGAUGGCAAAUCUCAGAACUGGGUCAAAACAUACCAGAUCUACACCAGUAUAGAUGGCAUCAACUUCAUCCCAUACAGUGACAAAACAGGGGACAACACUGCUAAAACAUACAAUGGCAACAAGGACAAUGUCACCCCAGUCAGACAUCUUUUCAACCGUAACAUUACAGCUCAGUUCAUCCGACUGUAUCCCACAGAAUCCUACACAGGAACACCUGCACUCAGAUGGAAUGUGAUUGGCUGUACUCCUGACACACCUAGACCAAAGGCUCCACCACAAGGUAUACCUACACCAAAACCUGGAACUGGUUUACAGAUAAUUCCAACAGCUCAACCAGGCAGUGACCAACAAGGUACACCAACUUUAGGACAAUAUACUGGUACAGGAAGCACAGCUGUACCUUCUGGACAAUUGCAGUUCACACCAACACCUGCACCAUUGUGUGAAAUUCCUAUGGGAUUGUCUAACAAGUUUAUAGUAACAGACUCUCAACUAACAUCAUCAAGUAAACUCAAUAAUUUCACUGGAGCUGAACGUGGACGAAUCUACACUGAGAAAGAUGGUAGCUUUACUGGAGGUUGGGUGCCAAGUGUGAGCAACAAGAAACAAUGGAUUCAAGUAGACCUUUUGGCUCCCUAUGAAAUAACAGGUAUAAUUACUCAAGGCCUGUCAGAAAAACCUAACUGGGUGACAAAGUAUGCAGUUUAUUACAGUACAGAUGGAGAAAACUUCAUUCCUGUGCCUAAAUCACCUGUAGAUAAAUCUCCAAUGGUUUUCACUGGCAACAAGGACCAGUUUACACCAGUCCAGCAUUUGUUUCCAAACGUUGUUGCAAGAUUUGUUAGAGUAUAUCCAUUAGAGUGGCAUAAUUUAGUAGGAUUAAGAUUCAACCUUCUUGGUUGUCAAUCACCCUUACCGUCAAAUAUAAGAACAACACAAGGACCUGACCAGACACCUAGUCCUCUAUCCUGUAUGUACUGGACACCAUGGGUAAACACUGGUACACCUGACAAAGUAGGAGAAUAUGAAACUGUCUACAACUUGAACCAGCUGGUACAUUCCUGUGACAAGAAAAACAUGAAAGCUAUAGAAUGUCGAGAUAUGGCUUCUAAAAUGUCACAUGAUAAGAUUGGAGAGACAGGUGUCCAGUGCGAUUUAACUACUGUUGGAGGCCUGUUGUGUAGAAAUGAUGCCCAGGCUGACCACCAGUGUAACGAUUAUGAGAUAAGAGUUUUCUGUGAUGAGUGCCCAACAGUUGCACCAACCAAUCUCCAAACACCAACUCCAGGUGUGAACCAGCAGACCACACCAACAGCCUCACCAAGACCAUGUGAAAACAGAACAUUCUGGUCUGAAUGGAUAAACAAUCAUAAGCCAAAUUCAGUCGGAGAAUCAGAAUUUAUGCAUCCAAAAGAAAUGACCAAAUUCUGUGCUAUUGGCAAAAUCAGCAAAAUUGAAUGUGCAACACUUGAUGGUACAGACUAUUCUGCUAGUGGAGAAAUGGUCACAUGUACAUUGGAUGAAGGAUUAAACUGUGAUGCUUCUUUGAAUGCUCCAUUCCCAUGCAGUGAUUAUCGUGUAAGAUAUGAAUGCAAAGAAGUUUGCCUUGCAACUCCUACACCUAAGACAACAAAUUCUUCAUUUCCAAUUACUACAGAAAAACCAACACCAAAACAAGGAUUUACUGUUACCACAAUGGAACCAACAUUAGGAACAACACCAACACCUCCCCAACAGAGAUGUGUAGUGAGUAAAUGGAGUCCAUGGAUAAACAGAGACAAACCUGACAUUGGAGUCUCUGAUCAUGAAUUUAUGACCCCAGAAGAAUUGAAGAGAUUCUGUUAUGGAGGGAAUGUUACUCAAGUGGAAUGUGCAGUGGACAGUGAAAAUCACAUCCCAUAUUACAGUAGUGGAGAGAAGGUUGGAUAUUGCAAUAAGGAGCAUGGAUUCUUGUGUACCAAUGCAGAUAAUUUCCCUAUUCCUUGCUCUGAUUACAAGAUCAGAUAUUAUUGUGAUUGUGCCAAUGAAACAGGUACAAAGAGCCCAACUCCACUGACUACAGAAGCCCCAAACACAAGCAAACUAACUUAUGUAAGAUGUGCUUGGUCAGACUGGCUUAGCAGUACUUCUCCCACAAAUGCACCUACAAGUGGUGACAUGGAAACUAUAGAAAACCUUAAAAAACAUUUUGGAUUGUGUCCAAGUAUUAUUGAUAUUGAAUGCAGAAUCAGAGACAAUGGUUCUUCUACCUCAGCAUCACAAGAUUCUGUCACAUGUGACAUCCAGAAUGGACUACGUUGUUUCAAUAGAGAUCAAGUCAGCUUCCAAUGUCAUGACUAUGAAGUCAGGGUAAAAUGCUGGGAUGAUUCAUGCAACAAAAGUCUCUCAAGCACUUCACAACCACAAUCCAACAAACAGACCUCACAAUUCAAUCCAGACACAACAGCGGUUUCACAGUUCAGUCAGUCAACUACACCAAUCUGCGCACCUGGUGAGACCUUGGAACCAUGUGCAUACAAAUGUGGCGACCUCUGUGACAACAUGGCACAAUUAAUUGACACAUGUAAACAGUCCCUAGGUACAUGUGUACCUCUGUGUAGACCAGCCAAACAUGCUUGUGUUCCUGGAGAGAAGUUAAUGGAUAAGAUUACUUGUGUACAGCAGUCCAUGUGCCCAUGUAGGAAACAAGAUGGAACUAUUGCCAAGCCACUAGAAAAAUGGAACAAUCCAAAUGACUACUGUUCAGUAUGUCACUGUUUCAACAAUACAGUUACCUGUACAAAAGAUGAGACUUGUUCAACACCAUCACCAACUCCAUAUAAACCAAUCCCUGUUACACAUCCUCAGUGUUUCUGGACACACUGGAUUAACAUGGAUACACCUUUGACAUCUGAAGGUGACAUUGAAACCAUUUCCAAGAUCAGAACUUUGCAUACUUUCUGUUACAACCCAGUUCAUAUUGAGUGCAGAGAGGUCAAAUCACACACAGACUACACUACCAGAGGACAGACUGUAACAUGUGACGUAAAUACAGGGUUAAAAUGUUUGAACUAUGAAAAUGGUGGAAACUGUGAUGAUUAUGAAGUCCGGUUCUAUUGUCCUUGUGCAACAACACCAACAACCACAACAACAACAACACUUGCUCCACCCUCAGGAGUGCAACUUAUUCCAACAGCUGCUCCUACUUGUGGUUGGACUCACUGGAUAAAUCUCGACAAUCCAACUAUCAUGAAAGAAGGAAAACUGUUUGAGGGUGACAUUGAAUCAAUUGCUAAUAUUAGAAAAAUGCAUCCACUCUGUGAGUACUAUAUGAUGACACAAGUGGAAUGCAGAGAGGCCAAAACAAAGAUUCCUUCUUCUCAAACAGAUGAAGUUGUUUCUUGUGACCGUAUUCGGGGAUUGAGAUGCAAAAAUGAUGCACAGCCUGAUGGUAAAUGUCUGGAUUAUGAAGUCAGAGUUUUCUGCAAUUGUUUUGGAAUUCCUGGAUUCCAUCAUUACACAAGUCCACCUCUAACUAGUCCAUCCAAAACAACAAAACCUAUACCUAAUGUUUGUGGAUGGACAACUUGGCUCAAUGGACACAAACCAGACACACAGGGAGAGACUGAAACAUUCACCAAUCUAAGAAAAGAUUUCAGAUUUUGUGACAUUGAGGAUAUUACUAGUAUUGAAUGUCGUCAACAUGGAUCAGAAAAAUCAUUCAUGGAAACUGGUCAGAAAGGAGUUAUUUGUGAUAUACAUAAAGGUGGGUUGAUGUGCAACAAUGCUGACCAGAUUUCAACUGGUGGCAAAUGUUUUGACUAUGAGAUCAGGAUCUUAUGCGAACCAAAGGAAUUGGAUUGUUCUCAUUUGACAACAGCAUCACCUUCUUCUGGUCACUACAUUAAUCCUACACCAUCACCAAGGACAGAUAUAUUUGGAAAUCCAAUACUUCAUACUACAGAAGCAUCAGUAACAGAUAUUCCUACGACUUCAAUAAGGCAUACAACAGACAAGUUAAAAACUUCAUCUCUGGACAAGACAACCAGAGUUCCAGUAUCAAAUAAACACACUACAAGUAUUGAUACAACGACAGUUACAUCUAUGCUUGUAUGUACUGAUGGUAUGACACAAGGAUCCUCGCUGCCCAUGAACAAUGAUAGAAUGUCUUCCUCAUCCAGUCUAAAUCCCAACUCUGGGGUUGAAAGAUCACACCUGACAGACACUAAUAGUGGUCUGUUGACUGGAGGCUGGGUUGCAGGAAAGAAUGAGAAGACAGAAUGGAUCAUGAUAAACUUUGGAAGACCAAUGAUCAUUGAUAGUAUAACAACCAAGGGUCAAGCUGGUCAACCAUACUGGAUUUCUGCAUUCAAGCUUCUCUACUCAAUGGAUAAGAAAACAUACACAUAUUAUGAGGAAAAUGGGCAACCAAAGGUGUUUUCUGCCAAUUAUAACAGCGAGACACCAGUACAUCAAAGAUUUACAGCACCAAUCAAUGCCCAGUAUGUUAAACUACUACCUGUGUCGUGGAAUGGUGCUAUUGCUCUAAGAUGGCAACUGUUUGGAUGCACAGGUGCUCCUGUUACAACACCUCUGGCAGGAAAAACUUUAUCACCCAAUCCAGAAAAGACUGGAGUUCCAACCCCAGCACCAACAGAUGAUUCUGGCUUGAACCCAACACCAUCACCAUCGGGCAAUUCAGAUUUAAACCCAACUCCAUCACCAUCAGGCAAUACAGGUUUGAACCCAACACCAUCACCAACGGGCAAUACAGGUUUGAACCCAACUCCAUCACCAUCAGGCAAUACUGGUUUGAACCCAACUCCAUCACCAUCAGGCAAUACUGGUUUGAACCCAACUCCAUCACCAACAGGUGAUUCUGGCUUGAAUCCAACUGCAUCACCAUCAGGCAAUACUGGUUUGAACCCAACUCCAUCACCAACAGGUGAUUCUAGCUUGAAUCCAACUCCAUCACCAUCAGGCAAUAUUGGAUUGAAUCCAACUCCAUCACCAUCAGGCAAUACUGGUUUGAACCCAACUCCAUCACCUUCAGGCAUUACUGGGUUGAAUCCAACUCCAUCACCAUCAGGCAAUACUGGCUUAAAUCCAACUCCAUCUCCAUCAACAUGUAAUAGAGGAUGGUCCAACUGGAUAAAUAGAGAUACUCCAGACACUGGUGACGGUGACCAUGAAGCUAUGACAGCUGCAGAGAAGUUGAAAUUUUGUCCAGGUGGAGAGGUCAUUGAUGUUGAAUGUGCAACCAAAGAUGGCAUGCCUUAUAGUGGUACUAGUGAGAUUGCAACCUGCUAUCCUGACACUGGAUUUACUUGUAACACCAUGGAUAACUUUAAUGUACCAUGUAUGGAUUACAAGAUCAGAUACAUGUGCAAGUGUGCUGAAUUGCCAACCAAGAGUACCGGAAAUGAUGGCCAUAAGCCUACAGUUUCACCAAGUCCUGAAGUUCAUCUAUCUCCCACGCCAUCGCCAAAUGGACUGAAUCAAGGUACACCAACACCAUCACCAACUGGUGACAGUGCUCAUUCACCAACACCUAAACCAAGAGUUUGUAUCACUAGAUGGUCAUCCUGGCUCAACCGUGACAAGCCAGAUACUAAUAAUGGAGAUUAUGAAAAAAUGACCCCUGAAGAAAUAAGGAAAUUCUGUCCUGGUGGAACCAUCAAGCAGGUGGAAUGUCAGACAUCCACUGGAAUACCAUUCCACAGUACAGGUGCUAUCCAAUCCUGCACAAAGGAGCAAGGAAUGAUUUGUAAUAAUGCAGAUAAUUUCCCAGUUGGUUGUGAUGACUACCAAAUCAAAUAUUUCUGCAUGUGUGGUGAAAAUCCAACACCAUCGCCUACAGCUCCUGGACAAGGAACACCAAUGCUAACACCAACUGUUGUUUCGGUUACACCAACAAACGAAAUACCAGAUUCUUGCAAAGUACCAAUGGGUAUGCAGAAUGAGGCAAUUAGAAGAGAGAUGAUAACAGCUUCCUCACAAAGAAGUUCAAGCUCCAGCCCUGAACAUGCUCGUCUGAACGGUCCUAAUUCCUGGAUUGCAGGUGUAGAUAACAAAAACCAGUACAUACAAGUAGACUUCUUACAACCAACCUUUGUAACAGGUGUAACUACAGAGGGAAGACCUUCAGUUCCAUCAUAUGUGUCUUCAUACUUUGUCCUGUUCUCAAAUGAUGGAGUUAACUGGAACACAUAUAUGGAAAAUGGCCAGAAGAAGCAAUUCAGUGGAAACUUUGACUCAGUUACACCAGUAACCCACUUUUUCACUGCACCAAUCAAAGCUCGCUAUAUCAGAAUCAAUCCACAAACUUUCUAUGGAAAGAUUGCCAUGAGAUUUGAACUCCAUGGAUGUUUCACUCCAUAUCCAACAACAAUUGUUCUAACACCACCACCAACCUCUGUACCAACAACAAUGAAAACACCACCCAAACUGCCAGCGACUAUUAACGUUGAGAAAUGUACACAGUGGGAUAACUGGGUUAAUAUGCACACACCAGAUGCCAGUGGUGAUUCAGAACCUAUUGCUGAAGUGAAGAAACACUCACAGAUUUGCACUAAUCCUAUGAAGAUUGAAUGCCGAACAGCUACUGGUUCCACAGCCGAUGACCUUGGACAAAUCAUUUCCUGUAACCUCUGGAGUGGAUUACAAUGCGACAAUAUGAACCAGAUUGAGCAAAAUGGGUGUGCUGACUACAAGGUCAGACUAGCCUGCUUGAAACAGACCACUGAAUGUAUACCACCAAAAAUAAGUACAGUGCCAUCUAGUCUCCAUAAAUAUACCAAAGUGGCUACUGUAACACAGUCUAAGAGAGUGGCCAAAUGUUAUGAAGAUAUGACCACAAUAAAUUGUCCUAUUUCCUGUCCUGAAGGACAGUUCUGUGAUGGACUGCACUGUGUACAGAAAUCAGAAUGUACUUGUAAGAUUGAAGGAAAGAUUGUCAGGCCUGGAGGCAUUACACAAGGAAGACAGUGUGCUACAUGCCAAUGCAUUAAUGGAGAAAACAAAUGUAUGCCCAAAUCUUGUCCUCCUUGUCAACCUGCAGAAACUAAAUAUGUGAAUGUAACAUCCUGUGAAUGUACAUGUAAGACAUGUGCUGAUAACGAGUACCGUUGUGGUAACACCAGGUGUAUACCAAAAGCCUCUCGCUGUGAUGGAAUCAUUGACUGUGACACAGACGAAGUUAAUUGUGUUGUAGUACCACAAUUUACACCACCUGGAAUUCCAACACCAUCACCCACAACUGGUAAGGGCGGUAAACCUGAAGUAAGCCUAGUAGCAAACACUGGAUUGACGCCAACACCUUCUCCAACACCAGUAGAUAAUAAUACCCCAUGUGUUGAUGGAUCAUGGUCGCCAUGGGUAGACGAAAAAAAUCCAACAACAUAUGCUCUUGGUGACAAGGAAAAAUCUGCUCUUGAAUACCAGAAAGCUUCAAGAUUCUGCAGUGGAGGUACAAUUCACAAGGUGGAAUGUUGGAGUACAGAUAUUGGGGCUUUCCACUACUCAACAGGAGAAGUUAUGAAAUGCACACCAACAGAUGGAGUAAUCUGUAACAAUGCAGAUAAUUUCCCAUUGCCAUGUACUAAUUAUAAGAUCAGAUACCAAUGUACUUGCAUCCAUAACACACCACAAUUGGAUACUGAUAAAAUACCAUCUACAGCUGCAACCACAGUACCUACUGGACCUAUGAACCCUGAUACUUUACAAAAUCAUACUCGACCACAUAAAGAUCAAACAACAACAGUCUCAGGUUCAGCAUGCCGAUCUGGAUGGUCUCCUUAUAUUAAUGAAAAUCACCCAGACACUUAUGCCCUUGGUGACAAGGAAAAAUCUGCUCUUGAAUACCAAAAAGCAACUCAUUUCUGUGCUUAUGGAAAGAUUUCUACAGUAGAAUGUUGGGAUGUAGAUAUAGAUGCAGCUCAUUACUCAUCAGGUGAAGUAAUGACUUGUACUCCAGAAGGUGGUGUUGUGUGUAAUAAUGCUGAUAACUUCCCUGCUCCAUGUUCUGACUAUAAGAUUCGAUACUUUUGUGAAUGUGUACCAUCAGCAGUGACCACAGCGUCUCCACAACCAGUAUCUACUGCAACAACUCCAGCACCAUGUAAUCUGUCUAAAUGUCAACCUAUGGUGAAACCACUUCUGAAAGAAGGUGAAGAGUUGAUGGUUGUCAAGACAACAGAUGGAUGCUGUGACAAAUACACUGUUGUAUGUAAACCUGAGAAAUGUAUAACUCGGCCACCAACUUGUACAUCACCAAGAAUUGUACAACAGACUAAUGCUGGUGAAUGCUGUCCACAAUACAAUUGUGAAUGUCCAAACACAUGUCCAAAAAUGGUAACGCCUGUAUGCAAACCAGAUUCUCACUACACAGUGAUUGAUACAGAGUGUAAUUGCCAAGCCUAUGCAUGUGUCAAGAAUAUUAUAAAUGGAACCAUGCCUCCUGUUGUAACAGUCAAUCAAGUCUGUAAAUAUGCCAUGAAUGGACAUGAGGUUGUCAAACAUCCUGGAGAUAUCUGGCAAGAUGGACACUGUAAGUCUUGUCAGUGUAUGAACAGAACAGAUGGAACAGUAGAAACUUCAUGCCGUACACAGACCUGCCCAUCAUGUAAACUGGGAGAAGUACAUGUAGAUUUACCUGGUGAAUGUUGUGGUCAAUGUAAACCCAGUGGUUGUGUUGUGAGCGGAACUGUAUAUAAGGAUGGACAACAUAUGCCAAUUGACAAGAAAUGUUACACAAGAACCUGCACUUACAUGCCAGACUUUCAACAGUAUGCCUUACAAGAUACCUUUAUUAGGUGUCCAACAACAGAUCUACCUGCCUGCUCUGGUAAUAAAACAUCGUACGACUCUACUGGUUGUUGCCAAACAUGCAAGGUUACUAUUAAGCAAAAUGCAUCCCAGUGUUCAACAUGUAUGCCACGUCUCAUGUUCCGUGAAACAUCAAGAAGUGUAGGAUUCUUUACAGUAACCAACUCAAUUGGUAUCACAUGUAAAAAUACUGACCCAGUUCAAGACCUAAUGGAAUGUUCUGGAUAUUGUUCCUCACAUGCACAAUACACAGCUAUCAUGCAAGGAUUUAACAACAAAUGUAACUGUUGUCAGCCAACAACUACAUCAGACAAAACAGUAAAACUUACAUGUACUGAUGGUACCACAAUGAACAAAACAUACAAAGUACCAGAUACCUGUGGUUGUCAGGCAUGCUCGGCUGGUCGGUGAACUAGAAACAAAAAAAAAGGAACUUGGUAAUCUCACGGAUAACUAAUCUUGCUCACGUUAAAGGACAUGUUAUUUUUGUUAAUUAUUUUGGUUUUUUUUUCUUGUUAAUUGUCAAUAUAUAUUGUUUAAUAAUUAAUAAAUUUAUGCAUCCCAAA